AUGGCAGGUUCACACCCAAAAUUAUCACAUCUGACUAACCUGAAGGAGCUGGAUUUACAUGAUACCCAGUUCAAUGACACACCGAAUAUCCAAGCUUGUAGGACCUUAUCGAGAUUGAAAAGGAUGGAGAGUAUAAAUCUUUCAGGCACGAGAUUCAACAAGAGCAUCAUAUCAUGCCUUAGUGUCCUUCCAUCCCUCAAGUUUCUUGAUCUUACAAAAUUCUUUAAUUUUUCUGGUUUGGAAAUCCUCCUGUUGAGCAAUAAUGGUUUCAGUGGAACACUACCAAUGGAAGCUUUUGCCUCUUUUCACAAUCUGGAAGUCUUAGAUUUGAGCUACAACCAUUUUAGUGGGAGUGUCCCUUCAGCAAUACAAGCAUUAUCUUCCCUAAAAGCUCUCUCAUUCGCUAACAAUGAGCUCAAUGGCUCAAUACUUGAUCAUGGGUUGUGUGAGUUGAAGAACCUCCAUGAGUUGGAUCUUAGUAACAACAUGCUCCAUGGAACUCUACCUCAGUGUUUGAAAAAUCUACCAUCUCUUAAGUUGUUAGAUCUUUCUUCAAAUCGAUUCACAGGGAUAAUUGUGUCAUCAAUCAUUGCUAAUCUUACAUCUCUAGAGUACAUCGAUUUUAGUAAUAACAUGUUUGAAGGUUCAUUACCUUUCAGCUCAUUCUCCAAUCUUAUAAAUCUUGAGGUGGUUCGAUUCAGAAGCGACAAUGACAUAUUUGAGGUGGAAACAGAAGAACCUUUAGGCUGGAUUCCAAUGUUCCAGUUGGAAAUUCUUGAGCUAUCUAACUGUCAUGUGAAAAUACCUAAAGGACGUGUUAUUCCUGGGUUUCUAAUUCACCAACACAACUUACGGGAAAUAGACUUGUCUAACAAUUCCUUGCAUGGACACUUCCCGGAUUGGUUGAUUAAAAAUAAUACGAAUCUGGAUUCUCUUUUUCUAGCGGACAACUUGUUUAUCAGUAUGCCACUGUAUAGGAAUGCUAAUAUGAAGAUUUUGGAUAUGUCUAGAAAUCACAUGAUAGGUACUAUUCCAGAGGAUAUACCAAACUUCUUUCCAAACAUAAGUCUUUUGGAUUUAUCCAUGAAUGAUUUAAGUGGCGUUGUCCCGUCCUCAAUUGGUGAUUUGAGUGAAUUAAUGAUGUUGGAUUUAUCUAGGAACGGGUUAUCAGGAGAAGUGCCAAAGGGAUUGUUUACAAAUGUCUCUCGGUUGAGAUUCUUAAAACUAUCAAACAACAAAUUGCAUGGACAGGUACUCGCAGGAAACUUAAGUUGGCGUUACCUCGAAUGGGUUUACUUAGAUAACAACCAAUUCACAGGGAAAAUUGAAAUUAGUAGGAGCAAGGAAACUCGUGAGUUUCUGACAACUUUGGAUAUUAGCAAUAACUUGUUUACAGGUAUGAUCCCUGAUUCGAUACCCAACUUCUUUACAAUGUCUGAACUUGUGGUGAGAAAUAAUAGUUUGGAAGGUGAGUUUCCUUGUGGAACAGCUGGAUUUUCAUUUCUUGAUAUCUCACAAAAUUCUUUCUCCGGACCCAUCCCUUCCUGUUUAGAUUUGCAAAAUAUGAAGCAUCUCCUUUUGGGUUCCAACAAAUUCACGGGAUCAAUACCCAAAUCCUUUCGUAAUUUGAAUAAUAUUUUGACUCUCGACAUUGGCAACAACAACUUGUCAGGCAGGAUUCCUAAAUUUCUUGGCCAACUAUCCGAUUUAAGGAUUCUUCUUUUAAGAAAAAACAACUUCAGUGGCUCUAUUCCUAAGCAGUUGUGUCAAUUAGGUAAUGUGAGUUUAUUAGACUUAUCCGGUAACUCACUUUCUGGUUCAUUACCGAGAUGCCUUCAAAAUAUAACUGGCCCAACUGACCUUGCUUUCGUAAAAAGUAUCAUACUGGGGUCCCCGUAUACCCUUCUUCCCGCUUUCCAUUAUGGGAGUAUUCUACGAGUGGAGCAAUAUAUCCACUCCGCUAUUGAUGUAUUCGAAACACAAGACCAAGUUCAGUAUACAACAAAAAGGCUCUUUCUCAGCUACAAGGGUGACAUCCUUGAUUACAUGGCGGGAUUGGAUUUUUCAUGUAACAAGCUAACAGGUGAAAUUCCACAAGAACUGGGAUUCUUAACUCAACUUCGUGCUUUAAACCUGUCUCAUAAUCAGCUGAUUGGACCCAUUCCAAUGAGCUUCUCAAAUCUUGCAAAGAUAGAGAGCUUGGACCUUUCUUCAAAUGGUUUGACUGGCAAAGUUCCAUCAGAAUUGAUUGAGCUUACCUCUCUAUCUACUUUCAAUGUUUCUCAUAACAAUCUAUCAGGCAGACUCCCAGAAAUGAAAGCACAGUUUGGCACCUUCACAGAGGCAAGCUAUGAAGGGAAUCCACUUCUUUGUGGACCACCACUCGAGAAGAAAUGCACGAAUAAUUCACAUCUGACCAAUUCAUCGGUUGAAGAAGACAAUGAUCAGAAAUGGUAUGAUAUUGAUAUGACAUGCUUUUAUGGAAGUUCUUGUUCGACAUGUGUUGUAUUCUUAUUGGGAUUUGUUGCAAUUCUUUGCACCAAUCCUCGGUGGCGUACAAAGUGGCUAGACUCGGUUGAAGAUUAUAUGUUUACAUUUUAUUACUUCCUUUAUGAUUCUGUAAGGAAGCUUUCCAUGAUCAUCCAUGAAUAG